AUGGAGGACUAUUGCCGCCCCAUCCGUAAGGCGUCUAUGUUCCUGGCACUCCGGCCGGUGGAGGGCUUCCGUGACCAGUACAACGCUCAAAGCACCGCAAUGAGCAACAUACGAAAAUUUGUUCUGCGAAGCCUUGGGGACUCUGAACCAUCUGACAUCAUGGAGAUCCCUGACGAACUUUACCUUCGGCGCCGCGUCUUCACACGAGGAAAGCCGCCUGCGUUGCAGACUCCUAGAGUUCCCGAGAAGGUCAUCUUCUACAUGCGUGCCGGCGAAGGUCGCGUGAAGCGUUGCUCGCCGUACGUGUUUGGUGUCGGAGACCUGGUCGACGUCAAUUCGUACGUGGAUGUGGCGACGUACAGGGGACUUCAAGGUUCCGCCUUCACCAAAGUCUACUUCUCAUUCAACCGACUCGAACUAGUACAGCUUUGUCCUGCAUCGUCAGUUAAAAAGAUGAGGCGCGAGACUCCAGGCACCGGGGAGACUGUGUCCUAG